GCUGUGUAUGGUCUAUUGGAGGCAGCUGACCUUUGAGGAGGAAAUCGCUGCUCUCUGCUCCUUCCUGUAGUAACAGCCGCCGCCGCCGCCGGGAGCUCGGGCCGGAGUGAGAGUCGCUGGCGGUUAGCCGGCCCCGCCGCCGGACGGCUCUGCCCCAUCAGGUGGGUGAACAGCCAUGGCGGGCUGGAUCCAGGCCCAGCAGCUGCAGGGAGAUGCGCUGCGCCAGAUGCAGGUGCUCUAUGGGCAGCACUUCCCCAUCGAGGUCCGCCACUACUUGGCGCAGUGGAUUGAGAGCCAGCCAUGGGAUGCCAUCGACCUAGACAAUCCCCAGGACCGAGCCCAGGCCACCCAGCUCCUAGAGGGCCUGGUGCAGGAGCUGCAGAAGAAGGCCGAGCACCAAGUGGGGGAAGAUGGGUUUUUACUGAAGAUCAAGCUGGGGCACUAUGCCACACAGCUCCAGAACACAUACGACCGCUGCCCCAUGGAGUUGGUCCGCUGCAUCCGCCACAUUCUGUACAAUGAACAGAGGCUGGUCCGAGAAGCCAACAAUUGCAGCUCUCCUGCUGGGAACCUGGUUGAUGCCAUGUCCCAGAAACACCUUCAGAUCAACCAGACAUUUGAGGAGCUGCGACUGGUCACACAGGAUACAGAAAAUGAGCUGAAGAAGCUGCAGCAGACUCAAGAGUAUUUCAUCAUCCAAUAUCAAGAGAGCCUGAGGAUCCAAGCUCAGUUUGCCCAGCUGGCCCAGCUGAACCCCCAGGAGCGGCUGAGCCGGGAGACAGCCCUCCAGCAGAAACAGGUGUCACUGGAAGCCUGGCUGCAGCGUGAGGCCCAGACACUACAGCAGUACCGUGUGGAGCUGGCCGAGAAGCACCAGAAGACCCUGCAGCUGCUGCGGAAGCAGCAGACCAUCAUCCUGGACGACGAGCUGAUCCAAUGGAAGCGGAGGCAGCAGCUGGCCGGGAAUGGAGGGCCCCCCGAGGGCAGCCUGGACGUGCUGCAGUCCUGGUGUGAGAAGCUGGCCGAGAUCAUCUGGCAGAACCGGCAGCAGAUCCGCAGAGCUGAGCACCUGUGCCAGCAGCUUCCCAUCCCAGGCCCCGUGGAGGAGAUGCUGGCUGACGUCAACGCCACCAUCACAGACAUCAUCUCAGCCCUGGUGACCAGUACAUUCAUCAUCGAGAAGCAGCCCCCUCAGGUCCUGAAGACGCAGACCAAGUUUGCAGCCACAGUGCGCCUGCUGGUAGGCGGGAAGCUGAACGUGCACAUGAACCCUCCCCAGGUGAAGGCGACCAUCAUCAGCGAGCAGCAGGCCAAGUCUCUGCUCAAAAACGAGAACACCCGCAACGAGUGCAGUGGGGAGAUCUUGAACAACUGCUGUGUGAUGGAAUACCACCAAGCCACAGGCACCCUCAGCGCCCACUUCAGAAACAUGUCACUAAAGAGGAUCAAGCGUGCUGACCGGCGGGGCGCAGAGUCCGUGACGGAGGAGAAAUUCACGGUGCUGUUUGAGUCUCAGUUUAGCGUUGGCAGCAAUGAGCUUGUGUUCCAGGUGAAGACCCUGUCCCUUCCCGUGGUUGUCAUUGUUCAUGGAAGUCAGGAUCACAAUGCCACUGCCACUGUGUUGUGGGACAAUGCCUUUGCUGAGCCGGGCAGGGUGCCAUUUGCUGUGCCGGACAAAGUGCUCUGGCCGCAGCUGUGUGAAGCACUCAACAUGAAGUUCAAGGCAGAAGUGCAGAGCAACCGGGGCCUGACCAAGGAGAACCUCGUGUUCCUGGCGCAGAAGCUGUUCAACAGCGGCAACAGCCACCUGGAGGACUACAGCAGCAUGUCUGUGUCUUGGUCCCAGUUCAACAGGGAGAACUUGCCGGGCUGGAACUACACCUUCUGGCAGUGGUUCGACGGGGUGAUGGAGGUGCUAAAGAAGCAUCACAAGCCCCAUUGGAAUGACGGGGCUAUCCUAGGGUUUGUGAAUAAGCAACAGGCCCAUGACCUGCUCAUCAACAAGCCCGAUGGGACCUUCUUGUUGCGCUUUAGCGACUCGGAAAUCGGGGGCAUCACCAUUGCCUGGAAGUUUGACUCUCCUGACCGCAACUUGUGGAACCUGAAGCCGUUUACCACGAGGGAUUUCUCCAUCCGCUCCCUGGCUGACCGCCUGGGGGACCUGAACUAUCUCAUCUACGUGUUCCCUGACCGCCCCAAGGAUGAGGUCUUCUCCAAAUACUACACCCCUGUGCUAGCUCUCCCCUUGGCAGCUAAAGCCAUUGACGGAUACGUGAAGCCACAGAUCAAGCAAGUGGUCCCUGAGUUUGUGAACGCCUCUGCAGACUCUGCUGGGGGCAGCGCCACGUACGUGGACCAGGCCCCGUCCCCAGCUGUGUGCGCCCAGGCUCACUAUAACAUGUAUCCACAGAACCCUGACCCUGUCCUCGACCAGGAUGGAGAGAUCGAUCUGGACGAGACCAUGGAUGUUGCGAGGCAUGUGGAGGAACUCCUACGCCGCCCGAUGGACAAUCUGGGCCCCCCUCUUGCUCCCCCAGAUGGCUUCUUCACCGCAGCCAGGGGCUCGCUUUCAUGAAUAUCCACACUUCUCUUUGGAAUCGAUAUUCAACGUGAAGGGUUAAUAUUGUGAUUUUAGCAUUUCUCUGCAUACGAUGCCUUAGCAGGUGGCAUGUACACACAUGCGUGUGCAUGUGUGUGAGUUUGUGCAAGAGGUGCGCCUCUCUUUCGCAGCCAAGCGUUUGUGGCUGCAAUAGCAGCGGCCUUUUUCUUUAGAUCAAGGCAUCCAAGAGCCCACUGGGUCUGUCUGUUGUAGAAGAGACUGAGCUUCUGUCACUGGAAGGACUCAAUGCAGGCAAACCGAGUUCUCCCAUGUCCUUUAUCUGCUCAGCAGCUACUUGGAUGAAAUUAUCCAGGAAGGGGAAGGGAGACAGGUAAUGUCUUUAAGCUAAGGUGUUAUUCAUGAGGAAGAAGCUUUGCUGUCCCCACGUGUGUGUACGUGCAUAUACAUACACGGACCCUCCCAAGUCAUACACGGGCCCACCCAAUGUGUGCGUAUAUGCAUAUACAUACACGGACCCUCCCAAUGUGUGCGUACAUGCAUGCAUAUACAUACACGGACCCUCCUAAUGUGUGCGUACAUGCAUAUACAUGCACGGACCCUCCCCGUGUGUACAUGCAUAUACAUGUGUACUGUCAGUGCAUGUGUGUAUAUAUAUUCAUAUACAUACGUACGUCUGUUCUCAUGCACGUGUCGGUCCAUUGAUCCCUUCCCUCAGAGAGGCUGAGGUUCAUUCUGGGGUAACAUUUUAUACUUUAUCAAAUGAAUGUGGCCUCCAGACUUUUCUUGCCAACUCCCCAAGAGCUUGUCUAAGCCAUUAGCUGCCUUUAAGUCAGCUCUUGACCCAUGAUGACCCCAUGUACAACAGAAGAAAAUGUUGCGUGAUCCUGUGUCAUCCUCACAAUCGCCAGCAUGUUUGAGUCCCUCUCACUGAGGGUCUCCAUGCCCUCACUGGCUCUCUACUUUGCCAAACAUGAUGUCCUCCUCCCACAACUGAUUGUCUAAGCCACAGUCAUGCCCUUAACACAGUAAAAAUCAGUUGCCAGGUUGAUUCUGACUCCUGGCGAUCCCAUGUGUGUCAGAGUAGAACUGUGCUCCCACAGGUUUUUUCAAUGGCUGAUUUUUUGGAAAUAGGUUGCCAGGUCUUUCCUCCAGGGUGCCUUUGGAUGAACUCAAACCUCUAACCUUUCGGUUAACAGCUGAUUACAUUAACCGUUUGCAGCACCCAGCAACUCCCUUAACGUGGUAGAGUUGGUUUGAGUCACGGUUCUAAGAGCUGCGCUGAGUAUGUGGUUUCUUGGCCUCCGGGCCUUGAGCUGGGGGCUUGGGCUUCAAUCUGUGAUGCUAUUGCCCACUUGCCUGCUGUCUCCACCCACCCUAUAUCCCUGCCCCUCCGUCCAGCUCCAGCCUUAUAUCCUUGCCUCCCUGUUAGCAACUUUGCUUACAGAAGAGGUGGGAGAGGGGAAAGAACUGGUCUAGGACACGGUGGCUGAACAGGGCCUGGACUUGCAGAGUUGACCCCUCCUCUGGGGAAAAACUGCGACAGCAAGAGCCAAGCAGCCAAUCGGCCAUGUUGUGUGUGCCCAUGGUCUCUGGAGAGCGAGGUAAAAGCUGAUCUGACUCUGUGGGGAGGUGGAAUCUGGAAUAGGCCUCAUCACCCUUGUGUAACUGGCCACAGGUUGAGAAAGCCUUGCUCCCAACCACACACGCUUCUUCCUCAGCAGCACUAUGACAACCAGGGGUAGCUGAGUGUGGAAGAAUGGCAGUCCCAGGUUUAAACAUUGCUGAACUCUGAAGGAAGGUGGGACUAGAAGAGUGAUUUUGUACUUUGUACAUAAACCACACAUUUGUGUAAACUGUAACAAUGUUUUUGAAUAAAAUAUUUUUUGUCAUAAA